GCAAUGGAUCUAUUAGAAGAUGCAUCAUCAAGCAUGCUUUGUAAUGCCAAGAUGAAUCCUACGACUGCAGAAACUUCAGAUUCAUUCAACAGCCAUUAUUAUUGUCGGAUUCGCCCAGCAAAACGUCCGAGGCUAGAGCUUAACAACAGCAACAUUUUUGCAGCCAAAUUCAAAGGAGUUGUGCCUCAGCAUAAUGGGCAUUGGGGUGCACAGAUAUAUGCAAAGCAUCAGAGAAUUUGGCUGGGGACUUUUAAGUCUGAGAAAGAAGCAGCAAUGGCGUAUGAUAGUGCAGCAAUCAAGAUUCGCAGUGGAGAUUCACAUAGAAAUUUACCAUGGACUGAAAGGAACAUUCAAGAACCUGACUUCCAAUCCCAAUACACCACAGAAGCUGUACUCAACAUGAUAAGAGAUGGGUCUUACCAACCAAAAUUUGCUGAUUUUCUCAGGAAACAAACAAGAAGACAAGAAGCUGCUGCUGAGACAAGCCUAAGCCUCAAUAACAAUACUAAUCAAACCAGGGUUCAUGGCGGUGAUCAUGGGAAAUUUUCUUUCAUACAACUAUUUCAAAAGGAACUUACACCAAGCGAUGUCGGAAAGCUUAACAGGCUUGUCAUCCCCAAGAAAUUUGCAGUAAAGUACUUCCCUUACAUCAGUGGAAACAUGGAAAACGAUAAAGAGCAUGGAUUAGGACAUGGGCUAGAAGAUGUAGAGCUUGUUUUUUACGACAGGCUAAUGAAGAGCUGGAAAUUUAGAUAUUGCUAUUGGAGAAGCAGCCAAAGCUUUGUGUUCACAAGGGGUUGGAACAGGUUUGUGAAGGAGAAAAAUUUGAAGGAGAAAGACAUUGUAACAUUCUAUGCAUGUGUUUCCUCUCAGAGAAUUCAAGAAGGUCAGCAAUUUUGCUUGAUUGACAUUAGUUAUGGCAAUGGCCAAAGCUGCAGCACUGUGGUUGAUGCGCCUUGUCAGAUUGAGGAAAUGCAGAAAGAAUUGGAACUCAAUUUGGGGCAAAGCAUUAGAAAUAAAUUGCAGGAAGAUCAUCAUGGGAAAGAGAAAAGAUUCAGAUCAGGCUUGGAAUUCAUGAACAGUAACAAAGGAAAAGGUUUGAGACUUUUUGGCGUGCAGAUUGACUGA